AUGCCUCGUCCUCGUGCUCCACCCGGUGGAUUGGGUAUAGAAGAUGAGCUAUCCUUUGGAUCAGAUGAAGAUCUUUUAGCUGAAGUAGGAGAAAUCCGACUCCCAAACAUAAUCCCUUCUUCUUCUUCUUCUUUUGUCCCAUUGAAUGCGUCUCACGUCGGCUUUGUCAAGGAAAAGGAAAAAACAAAAGGAGGGAUGUUCAAAUCAUUAGGGGGAGGAGGAGGAAACAAGAAGGAGAAAAAACGAAAACGUACAGCAACUGAAGAGACAGUUAGAAUGCUCUCACCUUCUAUACCCGCAUUAGUGACCCAGCCGAUACAAUCAUCAUCUUCAUCAUCAUCUUCAGCUAAAAAGGAUAAAUCGAAUAGGAUGUUAUCAAAAUCAUCAUUAAUGAUUGAUCCAGCUUUGGAGAGUGUACUGGACGUAUCAAAUAUUAGAUCAUCUUCAACAAAUAUCGCUUCUGGUAUUGGGAGUAGAAGUAGAGAAUCAUUCUCUGCACCUAGUCUACAAAGUAUAACUUCAUCUCCAAGGAAAGAUGACGUAUCGCUGAAUGCCGUAGGAGGUAAAAAGAAAGGUUUUAUGAGCUCAUUAAGAGGUCUAGGGAAGAAUAGUGGGAAAAAAGAAGAUCCAAUAUCCGUUUUCGGUGGUAAUGCAAUUGCAAGUAGACCUGCUCUGGCAAAUUUCAAAAGUAGAGAUAGUUUUGGUGGAAGGAGUGAUAUCUCUCGGCAAGAUUCCUUCGAUAUAAAUUCAUCAACUUAUUCAUCUCCUCGUACCGAAUCAACCGAUCACUCAAUGCAGAAACACACUCUCGGACCUAUAUCAAUGUCACCUUUCCAAGCUCAACCACCUGAACUCACAUCGGAAUCUACACUCAGAUCUUCCUAUUCUGCCUCAUCCAAGCGUCCUAGUAUAUCUUCCUUCGCUAGACGAGCAAGUGUCAUCACUUCCACUUCUCUGGCUACUUCAGAACAGACAGGUGAAGACUCGCCUCUUAUAUCGAAAUCCAUCUUCAGCAAAUUUGCGAAUGUUGAACAACCACCAAUUCAUGAAAUCAGCAUCACAUCAAACGAAGAACUAACAAGACCUAAUAUCGUAACCAGAUCAACAACAUCUUCACUUGCCAUCCCAAACAGUCCAAUGAUCUCUUCGGAUAUAGUAUCAGUCUUACUUCCUACAUUCCCAGCAUCACUCACUGCAUUAUCAUCAAUUCAGAUCUUGCAAGCUACUGUCAUCAGAAGGACCUUCACAAAUCCUCAGACCAACGGUGGCAUGCCAGAUAGGGAAAAGAGUAGCUCAAUCAGAAGUCUGACUAACGCCUUAUCGAGCAAUACUCAUAAUUAUCACUCAAUCAGAAAACCAAUGUGGAUCACUCAACAACUAGUAUUGACAUCCUUCAAAGUAGGAGGAAGCUCACCACAAUCUACACCUGAUCCAAGUCAAACCCAUUCACCAGGAUCUAGUAGUAAAACCAUCGCUCAUUUACAUCUUUUCUCCGUUCCGGGCUCUUCAAACAAAUCACCUGCCAAACCUAUAGGAUUAGGCAUAGGAUCCAGUCAGUCUUUCGGUAGAAGACCAAGUUUACCAUCGGGAGCUAUGGGCGAUGAGACGGAAUUGGAGAGAAAGAAUAUCAAGAGUGAUUCUACUGCUGGGGUGUGGAAUGGAGAUGAGUCUGGAAGGAAAUUCGUCAUGCGUGUUGGAUUUAGCAGUGAUGCACAUGCAGAAGAAGAAGGAGAAUGGAUAGUAGAAAUGAGGAAUGCUGACCAGUUGCAGGAAUGGAUAAGGCAAAUCAAGAGCAUAGCGAUCGUCAUUCGCGCCGAGCGCGAAGGUCAUGGUCAUGCGAUCCGUAAUGCCUAUUCUGAGUCUGUACGAGGUGACGAGCUGGCUCUACAGCUCGACAUGCAAAUCACAUCAGCUUCCAGCAUGCGAUCACCUACUUCAAGAUCGGGAUCCGUUUCCGGACCAAGCGUAACUUCGGGAGGCCCAAGAGAUUCGACUAUAUCCGAUCGCCCAAUCCGUGAAUCACCAAUGGAGCGUAAUCCGUCUGCUGCGAGAGCCGAAUCACCGGACAUGUUACCUCCCACACCUCAAGUGGAGGAUUUCGAUGAACGUCUGGGCAGAUUAAAUCUAAAUGACAAUGACAGCGUAUCAAGAUCGAAGAGUCUUUCAAGAGGGUUCAACUAUUCAUCUCAAGACCAUACGCCAAUCUCAACUCCUCCUUCCAGUAGACCUGGUUCUGGUAUCCCAACUAGUGGCGGUGCGGCUAUCUCACGCAUUGGAGGAUCAUUACAUCGCCAUGCAAAACAAGGCAGUUGGUCUUCUUCAGCUUCAGGAGGAAGUGGUUUUGUUCGAAGAUAUCCAAAUGGAAAUGGACAAUUACCACCACCACCGCCACCUCCAAUGAAUCCACCUCCAAGUGUACCUUUACCUGCUUUACCUGGAGGAUUCGACAUUUCAACCACUCCUAGAAGCAAAGAUGACAUAGUAUUGAGAUCACCUGGCGGAGUUGAGUUUGUCACACCGUUCCAAAGUCCGAGCAUCGAAGAACCAAGACUCUCCUUGCCUUCGCCUGAUGAUGAUAAUUUAUUACAGAUCAGACAGGGUACAAGAGCGAUUUCACUUCCUGAACCUACGGCUACAAGUGCAAGUACAGCCGCAAGAAUGAAAAGGGAGAGGUUCAUGAAUGCUUUCAAACCGAUUCAACUUGUACCUGAGGUGGAAACUUCACCUAGAUUGGGUGGUUUGAACGAAACACCGGUACCUGGUCUAGGAUCAGGAUCAACAAACUCUUCACCUAUGUUCAAUUCUUCUUCACCUCAUUUAGGAAUUAGACCACCUACACCACCGAGAAAGUCAACAAUAACCACUUCAGCGACACCGAUGCCAUAUAUACCCGCGCUAGGAACUCCUUUAUCAACUAAAGAACAGCAUGAAAUGUCGAUAUCUUCAUCAGAGAUCGAUCACGAAACAUUAUCCGAAACGACGGGUGGCUUUUAUACACCAAUCGAAACACCAACUUCCGCAUUCCCAAUGCCACCUUCUCAAGGAGCUGAAACGAUUGAAUCCAACUUAUCAACUCCAAGUACAAUGAGUGAAUUGAACACGAGACCUGAAACGAAAAGAUACGCAAGUAGUAUAUCGAGUGUGCCAAGUGUAGAAAGUAGAAGUACGACUGCAAGUGGAAGAAGGAGGAGAGAAAAAAAAGUAGCCGUUGAUAUAAUGUCUGAGUUCAGCGAAAAUCCAGAUGCAGCAUAUGCAGAUGAUGACGGUGAACAGAUCAAGGAAGAUAGACCAAGAGUCAUUCGAUUUGCUUAA